UUUUCUUUUAUUGUAUGAUUUUUCUGAGUAACAUUCAUGGGCUUUGAGAGAUGAAUCUAACUGUUUAUAAUUACUAUAACUUUAAGAACUAUAUAUAAAGAUAAUGUCAUCAUCAGGGAAACUUCCACUUGGUGUGCGUGUUACUGAUGUCAUUCAUCGUGUUACCGUGUUAGGAUUGGUUGGUAUUGUUGUGGUUGGAAUGGGAUCAAUUACUUUCAAUGUAUGGUCUAAUUCAGAUUAUGCUCCAUGGAAUAAAGAAAAGUUAAAAUUCGUUAAAGAAGAGUAUCAUGAAGCUCGUCUGGAAGGUAAAGAUGAUAAGUAAUCAAUAAUCUACAUCAGAGAUUGGUCUCCUUAAAAUCAGUGUACAUAGUUGAAACAUAU